GACAAUAUGAGAGGCGAUAUCGCCUCUUUCGUUCACGCUAUAAUCUAUAAAAAUAGAGAGCUCCGGAAUCAAAUCUCACUUGAAGAUCCGAUUAAGUGCUGUCACUAUCGAAAUAAAAAAAACACAUACUCGGCAGAAACCAGAUAUCCGCCCAAAUGUUUAGAGACGGGAUAGGCGAUACUUCAGCAUAUGACACGGACGUCUCUACUCGCACGAGAGAGCGGAGAAUCGCAUCUAUGGAUUCGAAUCCCGAUUCGGAUAUCCCUUCUAUUAAAGGCAAGAAAUAUCUGAUGCGAUGUGUUUUGCUUACGAAACGAGAUGGACUGUUGCGACAUCUUAUGCGAUACCAGCAGACACGAGUCGAUAUCAACGCGUUCGAUGGGAAGUUUAGAACGGCUGUUAUGUCUGUCUUGGAUAGCCCUGAGGUUGUGGCAAUCUUGGAUAACGAGGAGCCUGGAUUCGUGCUGGCUCUGAGGCUUGCGCUUCAGCGUGUUGUGCCGGUGAUGAUGGGGCCUAAUACUAAAGUAAUCCAGGAGGCUGAAGAGCUUGAGCUUAAGGCGAGGGCGCUGUCGAAAAGGAUUUUUGUUUGUCGGGAGGAGCUACGGAACCUACUUGAUUCUCAUUGGAUUGCUAUUUCCCGCCGAUGGAACAAGUACAAGCUCCUCCGUCGCGAAAGGGUGUUGCGAGGCGCGUGGCCAAACAUGAUUCCCGCCCGUCUGUCGAAAGACCCGCUAUCUGGCAGCGUCCCGGUCACGGAUUUGAAUAUUCUGAGAGAGGCGUAUAUGUGGCCGUAUAUCAACUUGGAGGAUCUCCUCCCCGGCGACCGACUGCUCCUUUUCAUGGAAUCAAGAAGUCGCAAGCAUCCAAGCGUCUUUGUCCACAGCGACUUACUAGAUUCCAAGUCUGCGGUAGAGACAGGCAUCGUCAGUAUAAACUACCUCGACAAUAAUCUCAUGCGACUUGACGCCGGGGGUGGUGAUGAUAAAGAUACGCGGAGCGAAUACGGCCGGUUGGAGACGUUUUCUCGAGCGUCGAGAGCGGAGGUGGAAACGCUGCUUCUAAGCGGUGUAGGCUUCCUACCAGGCGAAGGGAUCCGCAUCCUUGAAAUCCAAGAGCGAAUCAUGAGAUUCCUCUUAGAUUGCUGCCGUGGCAUUCUUCACGACGGCAUAGAGACGAAGAGUCUACACGAACCCCCCCUCGCGACCCGAGCGGCAGAAGGACCCUACAGAAACCCCUCGGAAAUCGACUUCCGUCAAUUGCAGCAGCUAGUCUCAGCCCACCACUUCGACGCGGAGGAGAACUUCUGGGCGUUGCGGGAGGACCCGGGGUUCUUCGCCGACGCUAUCUCGGGUAUUACUAGACAUUUGCACGACAAGGGGCCGCAGGAACGAGACUUGGUUAUAUCUCGACACGUGUUUGCUGUUCGCAAGACGUUGAGGGAUACCUAUGGUGAUAUCAUCAUCUGGCGGGAGCUCGAGCUCCGUAUUGCGGACAGGUUAGUCCAAGAAUCAAAGAAGCCAUCUGAAAAGAAGCUGGCAGCGCUCUUUCGCCUAAAGGAUUUCUUAAUGUACACGAUCCAGUAUUUCGCUUCUCAGCUAGAAGCAUUCGCGAUCGAAAUCGAGACCCAGGAGGGAUUCACGGUGUCAUAUGCUCUUCACGACUGCAUAGCUGACUCGCGCAACGACGUCGACUUAAGCGUAUCUCUGGUUAGCGAUGUCGAAGCAAUAUUGAAAAAAGACGCCUAUCUUCGGUCUUAUAUAUUACCGGCGGUCACCACGACUCUCGAGAAGCUUUUUGUAGCUUGCGAAUCGCUCCGGCAAUUAAGACUCUAUCGGCCGUAUAUCCCGGGGCUCUGGAGCAGCGACGGCGGAUGUAGCAUCCAGUUGCCAGUACUCGAUACUAUCUUCAAAGCGUCCGAGAUAGACAAGGGUAUAUUCGAUUUGAUCUAUCCUUUACAACCCACAUUCGCAUAUUCAGUCUACGAGAACCGGUCCCAUGAUACUACAGAGCUCUAUGUAACGGCCGAGCAAAAUCUAAAACGAUUCUGGGAUCAAGCAGACGCAUUAUUCGAACUUGUUGGUGAACAGAGGCCCCACGAGCUCCUAAAGGACUAUAUCGCACAUAGACAAUUUCGGAAUGAAAGCCUCCCCGAUAUCAUAGUGCCCGAGGAACCACAGAUACUAACACAGACAUUAUCUCCUACGUCAGAUAUAGAUAUCUUUACGGUAUCCCUUAACUCGCCAUCGAUUCCACCACCAUCAAGCGCUACAUCAACAAGCCCCUCCGCGCAGCAGCAGCAGCAGCCCCCGAACGCCCCAAGACAGCUCAUAAGGCUCCAACGCCGAAACAUAGAAGUGAUUAGGGCACUAUUCCUCGGAUCCGCACGAACGGAAAUUAGAUGGGACAACUUCCUAGGAGCCAUGAAAAAGAUAGGUUUUAAGAUACAACCCGUGAAGGGUUCAUCGUAUCAAUUUACGUAUCCGAAUAGCCACGGCAAAUCCAUUCUAAUACAUAAGCCUCACCCACGUCAAGUGAUUAGCAAGGCCUUGGCGCGGAAUAUAGGAAAUAAGCUAACGCGUGCCUAUGGAUUGGCGGCGGACCAGUUCGAGGAGGUGUAG